CCGAACUCCAAGUUUCUACGAGACGCCGCACACUUCGAGAACCCGUCCGCCCCUUCUCCCGGAGGACGAAAACCCUCCGUUUGUUCCUGCCAUGGCAUCCGAUGCUUCCGCAGCCCUGUCAGUGAGGAAAAAAGUUCAGAAGUUUCUUGAUGCCGCUCGCUCUGGGAACCUCGAUCUCUUCAAGAAGCUGGCGAAGCAGCUAGACGAGGGGAAGGGGCUGGCGACAACGGUGGCUGACGUGAAGGACGCGAAUAAGAGGACUGCGCUGCACUUCGCGGCGAGGGAGGGGAGGACUGAAGUGUGUAAGUACUUGCUGGAGGAGUUGAAGGUCGAUGUCGACGUGAGGGAUGACGAUGGCGAGACUCCUCUUAUUCAUGCUUCUCGUCAAGGACAUAAUCUUACAGCAAAAUAUCUACUUGAACAAGGGGCAGACCCUUCUGCUUCCAGUGACUUAGGAGCCACUCCUCUUCACCAUGCUGCUGGAACAGGGAACAUUGAGCUUUUGAACCUCUUAUUCUCAAAAGGAGUUAAUGUGGAAUCACAAAGUGAUGCUGGUACCCCUUUGAUUUGGGCUGCUGGACAUGGGCAGGAAGAAUCAGUGCAAUUUUUGUUAGAACAUCAUGCUAAUGCCAAUGCUGAAACUGAUGACAAUAUCACUCCACUAUUAUCAGCUGUAGCAGCUGGAUCACUUCCAUGCUUGGAAUUGCUACUUCAGGCAGGUGCUAAUCCAAAUGCCAGUGCAGGAGGAGCAACUCCGUUGCAUGUUGCUGCUGAUAACGGAAGUAGAGAAAUUGUCAGUUGCUUAAUAAGAGCUGGAGGAGAUCCUAAUCUAUGUGAUGAUGAUGGUUUAAAGCCAAUACAAGUUGCUGCUUUGAGGGAUAUCAGAGAUGUUGUUGAAGUUCUUUUGCCAUUAACAUCUCCAGUUCCAAACGUUUCAAACUGGAGCACAGAUGGAUUAAUUGAAUUCAUGCAGUCUGCUGAAGCAAGCAAGGAACAGGCCAGUAGAAGAGAAGCUGACUUGCCAAGGAGUGCCAUUUUGCAUAAAACAGAGAUGGUUGAGGUAACUCCUGAAUCCAAAAAGAGAUCUAUGGAAGCCAAGUCACGAGGUGAUGAUGCCUUCAGGAAAAAGGACUACCAGAUGGCAGUAGAUGCUUACACCCAGGCUAUUGAUCUGGACCCAAAUGAAGCUGCUUUGCUAUCAAAUAGAAGCCUCUGCUGGAUACGUCUUGGACAAGGCGAACAGGCCUUGGCUGAUGCUAGGGCUUGCAGAGCGCUGAGGCCAGACUGGGCCAAAGCUUGCUACAGGGAAGGUGCAGCACUACGUCUAUUACAAAGUUUUGAUGAAGCAGCAAGUGCCUUUUAUGAGGGAGUGAAGCUUGAUCCUGAGAACAAGGAGCUUGUAGAUGCUUUCAGGGAGACUGUUGAAGCUGGACGAAGAUUUCAUGGAACUGAACAGCAACAAAAACAAUAGCUUAAAUUGUUUGGCGGGGGCUCAAGAUCCCUGUAUAUUUUACCGAAAAGUACUAAUCAUUGUCUAAAAGCAACUGUUGUGCCCGUCUUUGACCCAGAGAAAGUGUAAAUAGGAUUUUGGUGAGCCCAAAUUUUCAGACCAUUUGCAUGAUUAAUGCUUCCUUUUUCGCUUAAUAUUGUUAGAAAACCAUGUUGCUCCCAGAGGGAUGGUGGGGCGUGUAUCGGUGGGCAGACUAAUUCGGUAUUCAAGCAUGCGACUGUCAAAAUCAACAACUGCUAUGGGUACUAAAAAUUGCUGUUGCAAACUUGGGUACUUUUUCUCGUCACCUUGUUGGUGGUGUUGUAUUUUUUGUUUUGGUUUGUUGCAGCAAACAUGCGGAUGCAACUGAUGAAAAGUGUGCUGUUCGUCCAUCAGACGAGUGCUUGUGCCAAUGGUUUCUUGACGUUCAUUUCCGUGUUGAAGGUAUAAAAUUAAGUUGGGGGUAUUCUUGAUUUAUGCCCUUUUUGAUAUUUAA